AUGUGCGGGGAUAUCAAACACAAGGUGGAAAGCUGCAUAGUGUGCAAGGAGUUCAAGCCGCGGCAACAAAAAGAAACUCUUAUGAAUCACCCGGUACUUACAGCACCCGGACAAGUAGUGGGUGUCGAUUUGUUUCAAAACCUUGGCAACCACUAUGUUAUCAUCGUGGACUACUAUUCAUUUUACUUUGCUCUGCACCAACUGCACAGGACAACUGUCAAGCCAGUGGUUAGGUGUUGCCAAACAACGUUUGCCGAGCAUGGACUUCCAGUGAGGGUAGUCUGGGACAACGGUCCGCCAUCUAACAGCGCCGACUUCAGAGAGUUCCUACAACAACGAGGAAUCACUCACGUAACAUCAAGCCCGUACUAUCCAAAAUCCAAUGUGAAGGCAGAGAGAGCCGUGCAGGAACCAAAAAAGCUCAUGAACAAGUGCGCCUAUGGAACCCCGAGCUAUACUACGACGCUUUGCUAG